CUAUUGAGGCCCAAAGGUAAGGAUCUAUUCCCCUUAAUUAUUUCAUAUAACCAACUAACCAUUCUCACCGAUCUCCAUGUUACACGCUUUGAAAUUCUUUUAACGUCUUAAUUCCAAAUACCUUAACAUAAUCAUCAAUUUCUUCGAGAAGACAACAUUGUAUCAUUGCUCUCCUAAGAUAAAUGGGUGGGGAGCGCAUUGUUUACACUUUGGCCCAAGUUUCUGAACACAACAACUCCAAAGAUUGCUGGCUUAUCAUUGAUGGAAAGGUUUAUAAUGUCACAAAGUUCUUGGAUGACCAUCCUGGUGGUGAUGAUGUCUUGUUGUCUUCCACAGGGAAAGAUGCUACUGAUGACUUUGAGGAUGUUGGUCACAGUCAGAGUGCUAGAGCUAUGUUGAAUGAUCUAUAUGUUGGAGACAUUGAUCCAGCAACCAUGCCUGCCAAGGUUCAGCAAACUCCUCCAAAACAACUCCAAAAUAAUCAGAACAACACAUCAUCAAGUUUCAUCACCAAGAUGCUGCAGUUUCUAGUUCCUCUGAUUGUCUUGGGUUUAGCAGUUGGUAUUCGUUUCUUCAACAACAAAUCAACAUAGCCACUGAAACUGCAUGAACACUUUAAUCUUGUUCAAGCGUUACUAUCAAAUAUAGCUUGUUCUGUUCUAUGGAACUAAGAUUAUAUGGGAUGAAUAGGAUAUACCAAUUUGUUUUUCCUUGUUACUGUCAUUUGUUGUUGAAUUUGUGGUUGUCUUACCCUCACAUUGAUAAGCUACUAGAACAGUUUUCUGCUCCUUAAAGUUCUGGUAGUUUUAGAAUUUGAAGUGUAUGAGAUUCUGGUUACACUAAUAAAGUUACCUUUGGAAAACA